AGGAGAAUCAGAAGCGCCCCUUUAGGAUUUUCCAACUCUCUCCAGAGACAGUUGCUCUAGGGCAGAGCCCCUCUGGUGGCGUCCUGGAGAGCUGUCUCCAAGCCCUGGCUUGAGCCCGUUCCAGGUCUGAGAAAUUUUUACAUCACGUCCUCAUACCGGUGGUUCUGGUUUUUCAACCGUGCAUGGAUCAGAGGGAACCUUGGACCCAUCCCUCCCACACCAUCUUCAAUACACGCUUCUGGUUUUAUUACGUUUAGACUAAGCAAAGUCCCUGAGUACUGGCCUUGAAGUUCAGAAAUCCUGCAAAUUUAACUGCUAAGUAAAAGCACUGACGGAUAAAGGCCAUUCCCGUGCACUCCAGCGCGCGCAGGGGUCACCGGUAGGCCGAGUGGUGCCAGCGAGGAGGAAGUCUGGCUGCACUGGCAGGGUUUGUGUCGCCAGCAGCCAGCAGGGAUCUGAGGAGCAGAUUGUCGGGGUCGCUCAGGAUUGAAAGACUGGUGGAAAUCCUGUGGUGGGAGCAUGCCGGGGCUAUGGAGGCAGAGGCUUCCUUCAGCUUGGGCUUUGCUUCUCCUGCCGUUCCUGCCGCUGCUGAUGCCCGCAGCCCCCGCAGCCCACCGCGGGUCCUACAAGCCCGUGAUCGUGGUGCACGGGCUCUUUGACAGUUCAUACAGCUUCCGCCACCUGCUGGACUAUAUCAAUGAGACACACCCCGGGACUGUAGUGACGGUGCUUGAUCUCUUCGAUGGCAGAGAGAGUUUGCGGCCCCUGUGGGAACAGGUGCAAGGGUUCCAAAAGGCUGUGGCCCCCAUCAUGGAAAAGGCCCCUGAAGGGGUGCACCUCAUCUGCUACUCCCAGGGAGGCCUGGUGUGCCGUGCUUUGCUGUCUGUCAUGGAUAACCACAAUGUGGACUCUUUCAUCUCCCUCUCCUCUCCACAGAUGGGCCAGUAUGGAGACACUGACUAUUUGAAGUGGCUCUUCCCCACGUCCGUGCGGUCUAACCUCUAUCGGGUCUGCUAUAGUCCUUGGGGCCAGGAAUUUUCCAUUUGUAACUACUGGCACGAUCCUCACCACGAUGACUUGUACCUCAAUGCCAGCAGCUUUCUGGCCCUCAUCAAUGGGGAAAGAGACCAUCCCAAUGCCACUGCAUGGCGGAAGAACUUCCUUCGUGUGGGCCGUCUGGUGCUGAUUGGGGGUCCCGAUGAUGGAGUCAUCACUCCCUGGCAAUCUAGCUUCUUUGGUUUCUAUGAUGCCAACGAGACAGUCCUGGAGAUGGAGGAGCAGCCGGUGUAUCUUCGAGAUUCUUUUGGGUUGAAGACGCUGCUGGCCCGGGGGGCCAUAGUGAGGUGUCCCAUGGCUGGCAUCUCUCACACCACGUGGCACUCCAACCGCACGCUCUAUGAUACUUGCAUUGAGCCGUGGCUCUCCUGAAGAUAUCCUCAGGGAUCUCCAGGAAUUCCCCAGCCCAGAGAUCAAGUGGUGGCCUUGGGAAGUGGAUGCCAGGCUCUGGCAUGCCUGCGACCACUUUGUCGCUCCCACACUGCCCCACCCCCACCAGGGCUCCUUGAAUCCCUCCCCACCUCUGCUCCUCUGUGAAUGACAAGUCCUGGUCCCCUACCUCAUGUCCUCACUUGGGGACGCCUCCACGCUCUCCCUUUCUGCCAUGGCUGAGGUUGGGAAGCACCAGGUUUUUAAACUGUGGCUACACCGCUGCUGCUGCUGUUGCUUCUCCGGGUCUGGCUGUACCGGAGGAGAACCCAGCCCCUGCCCACCUCAGGGGUCUUCUUCCAGGCCACUCAGGACAUUUUUAGCUUCUGUUAUCCCCAUGUCCCUCUUUUCUCAACUUCCUGUGGCUAGCCUCCCCACCAAGAGGGGCACCCAUAAGAGGGGGUGUUCUGAGGCUCCCCUAUGGGGACAAUUCCACUUUUGAAGUGUCAGUGUUGGGGAAUAUCUGUGGCCUGCAAGGCCCAUCUCAGGUUUGGGGAUCCCCCAGUCCCUAUGAUCAGUGUUGGGGUAUCCCCUGGGAGCCUAGGUUCUUUGAGGCCCCAGCCCCUCUUUUAACUACCCUUGAGCGGGUGGUCCCUGUAUUUAUAGAAAUAAAAGAUCCAUUUCCUCAG